AUGACUCUCUUUUCUGGAUCUAGGAUUAAACAAAUAGUGAAAGCUGCUAGGGACACCAACACAGGUAUACCUUAUUUGGCUUUUUCUUGGGGCAUCAAGCAAGCCAAUGUGUCUUUUGAGGAGGGUUUGGAGGCACUCAACUCCAUUUUAGCACCUCAUCAUUCUAAAGCAAAAGCAAUAGAGGAAGAAAAGCCCCGUGUCCUCUCCACACCUUCUUACGGAGCGGCCCCAAAAUUGGGGGGACUACUCAAGCUCGCGGUAGAGAACGAUCGAGAAGCGCUCAUUACUCCAAGUGCCAAAUUCAUUGCCUCUCUCACUCCUCGUCUCACCACUGCUCCAGGUGCGAAAUUCCUCCUCUCAUUGCUUCGCCUCGCCGACUUCAGAUGCUAUUGAAGAUGAAGGAAAUUCUGGUUACAAGAGGUGAAGGUUGUGAUACUUUGCUUAUCAGGCAUCAGCUUUAUGUAUUUCAUUAUUUGGAUGUAUUUUUGUAAUUUUCAAGGUUGCUGAAGUAUCAGACCAAAAAAAAAAAUAUGCUGAAGUUGUAUGAAUUGGAGCUUCAUGUUGAAGUUUUCAAAUCUCUUAUU